AUGGAUGCUCGAGAAUGGAACGAUUCGUUGGAUCAAAUCGAGUCAAUGAUUGUUGAGAUGAUUAAUUUUCUCAAGAUCCGACCUCGGUCGCCACCACCCGCUCCAUCAACCGUUGCUGCACCGCCUCCAAAACCAACCCGAAAACAAACACCACAACCUUCACCGCAUGCACCAAAAUGGAACGAUUCGUUGGAUAGAAUCGAGUCAGUGGUUGUUGAGAUGAUUUAUUUUCUCAAGAUCCGACCUCGGUCAUCACCACCCGCUCCAUCAACCGUUGCUGCACCGCCGCCAAAACCAACCCAAAAACAAACACCACCACCUUCACCGCAUGCACCAAAAACAGCCCGAGAACUCUUGCCACCAGAACCGACAGCCGCCCUAAAUCCAACCCCAAAACAGGCACCCUCAAACGCCCUUGUUCUCGUACCAAGACCCAUAUCAACAAUUGUUUGUUCUAUGUUGAAGAAGGUUAUGGAUUCAAUACCGGUAGCGAAGAAACUUACAUGGAUCAGGGGUGUGAUAUGA